CGCAAGAGCGUUAAGGCUCGGAGCUGUCAGUACAUCGCGAGCUCGUCUCUGAGGUAGACGGUGUCUCGUCCGCUUCGAAGAAAUAGCGAGAACAAGGCAGUUUUUUUCCCCCAGACUCUCCGUUUCCAAUUCCUAUGGCAUUAUUUCCGUGGUGUCGUGUUCUGAGUAAUUCCAUUUGACCGCAAACGCUGGGACAUGGACCGGCUUUGCUCGUUUUGCUCAUAGUAACAGAGGCGGACAAAGCGGAUCAGCCCAAGCCGAGAUGAGCGCGAAUACAGCGGGCUCUGGGUCCGCGUCCUGUCGCUUCGCCCAUUACUUCGUGAUAUGCGGAAUAGACAACGAAACUGGCCUGGAACCAGAUGCUUUAGCUGCUUUGUACCAGCGGCUUGAGGCAGACCGCCAGGGCAGGGACCCAGAGAGCGUCGCCGCAGGUGAGAACUUCGACCAGAGUCCUCUAAAAAGGACCUUUAAGUCCAAAGUGCUGGCCCAUUAUCCAGAGAACAUCGACUGGAGCCCUUUUGACCAGGAUGCUGUUAACAUGCUGUGCAUGCCCAAAGGCCUGUCGUUCCGCACGCAGAGGGACGACCGCGCUCCCCACUUCCACUCCUUCCUCAUCACGCGCGAAGACGGCUCCCGCACAUAUGGCUUCGUCCACACCUUCUACGAAGAGGUGACCAGCCCCCAGAUCUGCUCCGCCAUGCAGACCCUGCUCCAGAUGCACCACGCGGAGCACACCUCCUGCGCGUCGUCCUCGGCCUCCUCCUCCUCCUCCAGCAUGGACUCACUGGCCAGCAGCUUGGACGAGCCAGAGUCUCCUUCUUCCACCUCCUCCUCCUCCCAGGCAGGGGGCCGGGGUGGCUGCGGCUGCGCGUCCUCGUCCUACGACGCCGAGCACGACACGCUGUACGUGUCCAAGGCACUGUGUCUGCUCACGUCCAUGCCCUUCAUGCAUGCCUGCCGGCGCUUCCUGGCGCAGCUGCACUGCGCCGUCACAGCUCUGCAGCCACCGCCGCUGCCCCUGGAGAGCUACAUCUACAACGUGCUGUACGAGGUGCCCCUGCCCCCGCCCGGCCGCUCCCUCAAGUUCCACGGCGUGUAUGAGCCCAUCGUGUGCCAGCGGCCCGGCCCCGCCGAACUGCCGCUUGCCGACUACCCGCUGGGCGAGACCUUCUGCCUGCUGGGUGUGGAGAACCUGGUGCAGCUCUUCACCUGCGUCCUGCUCGAGAUGCAGGUCCUGCUCUACUCUCAGGACUACCAGAGGCUGAUGGUGGUGGCAGAGGGCAUCACCACACUGCUCUUCCCCUUCCAGUGGCAACAUGUCUACGUGCCCAUCCUGCCUGCCUCUCUGCUGCACUUCCUGGAUGCCCCUGUGCCCUACCUCAUGGGCCUGCGGUCCAAAGAGGGCACGGAUCGCUCCAAACUGGAGCUGCCUCAAGAGGCGAACCUUUGCUUCGUGGACAUCGACAACCACUGCAUCGAUCUGCCCGAGGACUUCCCGCAGUUCCCCAACAAGGCUGAAUUCAUCCAGGAGCUCAGUGAGGUGCUGCUGCACUAUGGCCUGACUCCAGAGCAGGGCCUCACCUCGCCUCCACCCUCCGCGACCCAGCCCCGCGGGCUGGGCUCGCAGCUGCAGCAGGUCUCCCUCAGAGAGCUGGAGGAGGACGGGCGCAACGGGAACCUGCCCGCUGACGCCUCUGACGUGCUGGAGCUCCUGCAGGGCAACGCCACCCUGGAGCGCCUCCAGGCCCUGGCCAGGCGCACGGGGGUGAAAGUGGCCGGCCUGGAGGCGCUGGUGGCCGGGCAGCAGACGCCGGGGCAGGAGGGCGUGGCCGGGAAGAGCGGCGUGGAGGAAGAGGAGCUGAGGAACACCAAGCUGAACGUGCAGCUGCGGGAGGUGUUCGCCGCCCGCUUCGCCACCAUGUUCGCCGACUACGAGGCGUUCGUGAUCCAGAACUCUCCCGACCUGGAGUCGUGGCUCACGAACCGCGAACAGAUGCACAACUUUGACAAGGCCUCCUUCCUGUCCGACCAGCCAGAGCCGUACUUGCCUUUCCUGUCUCGCUUCAUCGAGACCCAAAUGUUCGCCACGUUCAUCGACAACAAGAUCAUGUCCCAGUGGGAAGAGAAGGAGCCGCUCCUGCGCGUGUUUGACGGGCGGCUGCAGAAGGCCCGCCUCUACAACGUGCGUGCACCCAGACUGCGCUCCUCCGUCUACCAGAGAUGCACCUUCCUCAAAGAGUCCACUCAGGCCACAGAACAGCGCUUCACCAAGAUCGACCACACGGCCAUCCACCCCCACCUCCUUGACAUGAAGAUCGGCCAGGGUCGGUACCAGCAGGGCUUCUUCCCCACGCUGCAGGCGGACGUGCUGACCUCCGGGCCCCCCAACCACAACAGGUGGACUAACCGCACGUGCGCAGCCCCGCGCAGGAAGGGGCCCAGGCAGCAGGUGGAUCACCUGCCGCUGGACAACGACCCCAGAGAGCAGGUGGAGGGGUGUUUGGUCGUGCACAACUCUAUGGCUUUCUGGGAGUGGGACAAGUCACCACCCCCUCCUGUUAAACCUCCCAAAAAGUCCUUCUCGGCCUGCUGUCUGAAAUGCAUGCAGGAGGCACGCAGUCUGGGGAAGAACACGAGGCACCCCAAGUUGUCUGACCUCUCACCCGCAGUCAUCGCCCAGACCAACUGCAAGUUUGUGGAGGGCUUGCUAAAGGAGUGCAGGAUGAAGACAAAGCGCAUGCUGGUGGACAAGAUGGGCGGUGAGGCGGUGGAGCUGGGCCACGGUGAGGCCACCAUUACUGGCCUGGAGGAGAACACGCUCAUCGCCAGCAUGUGCGACCUGCUGGAGAGGAUCUGGAGUCACGGCCUGCAGAUCAAACAGGGCAAGUCUGCAUUGUGGUCCCACUUAAUGCACUACCAGGCCAGAGAGGAGAAGCUGGAGCAACAGGCUGGUUCUCCAGUGUCUAACGGACAGGAGCGACGGAAGUCGGAGCCGUCUCUCGGCCUGCCUGCGCUGCGUGUCUCUCUCGUGCAGGACAUGAGACACAUCCAGCACAUGGGAGAGAUCAUGACAGACGUGGGCCGAGCACGAGCCUGGAUCCGCUUGUCUCUGGAAAAGAAGCUGCUCUCCCAGCACCUCAGACAGCUGCUGGCCAACACGGCCUUAACCAAGAAGUUGUAUAAGCGGUAUGCCUUCCUACGGUGUGAAGAGGAGAAAGAACAGUUUCUCUUCCAUCUGCUAAGUCUUAAUGCUGUGGACUAUUUCUGCUUUACCAGUGUCUUCACCACCAUCAUGAUUCCUUACCGGGUUGUCAUCAUCCCUAUCAAGAAGCUGAGUAACGCCAUGACAACAUCAAACCCCUGGGUGUGCGUGUCAGGCGAACUGGGCGAUUCGGGUAUCAUGCAGAUCCCGAAGAAUGUUCUGGAGAUGACGUUUGAUUCUGCCUUUAGGCCUCACACGCACAUCUCUGCCCUCUUCAAGUGUCAGAACCUGGGGAAGCUGACCACACUACAGUUGGGCCAUGACAAUGCUGGACUUCUGGCCAAGUGGCUGGUGGAUUGUGUGAUGGUUCGUAACGAGAUCACGGGACACACGUACAGGUUCCCCUGUGGUCGGUGGCUGGGGAAAGGUGUCGACGAUGGCAGUCUGGAGCGGGUCCUGAUUGGUGAGUUAAUGGUUCCAUGCAGUGAAGAGGAGAUGGCACGAGGGUCUAAGACUCCACCUCCUCAGCGCUCACCCUCACAACUGCGGCGAAUCAGCAUAACUUCCCUCACAGGCCGAGGAAACAAACCAACAGCUGAGCAGAUACAGGAAGCUCUCAGUGAAGCAGUAAACAACACUGUGAAACAUUUUCAAAAACCAGAAAAAGAGAGGGGGAGCCUGACUGUUCUGCUGUGUGGAGAGGGUGGAUUGGUGGGGGUCCUGGAGCAGGUCUUCCACCACGGCUUCCGCACUGCCCGUCUCUUCCAGAAAACCGUCUUUAUAUGGGACUUUAUAGAGAGGGCAGUAAUGUAUAUGGAGAGUGCUGAUCAGAUGGGCAAUCUGCAGGAAACAGCUGAGCCCCUCCAGCUGCCUAGUAGCACACUCUGUCGCUAUGCCAACGCCAUCAACAACACAUCACGCAGCCUUGGCAAAGAUGGCAAGUUCCAACUGUUGGUUUGCCUUGGGGCAAGAGAUCAACUGCUGUCUACCUGGCUCCCCCUGCUGGCUGAGUGUCCCGAGGCCACGCGGAUGUACGAGGAAACUGCAUUGCUGCGUGACCGGGACGCCGUUAGCUCCCUCAUCAGUGCUCUGCAGAUGCUCCAUGACUUCCCCAUCACUCUGGAGGGCUCCAUCACCAAGGGGGUGGAGCUGUAACCUCAUCCCUGCUCCUUCAAAAGCACUGGAGCUUCAGGCUUAGGCCCCCUGCAUCCCUGCCUCAGCUGCUCUGGGUCCCGCCUCUUUUCUCCAGGCCAGCACGUCUCCAGGAGCUGCUCUCCAGCUCCAGACUAAAGGAAGCUUUUAUGUAGCUCUCUCCUUAACCACUGGGAACAGGAAACGUGCUUCGCGGCAGUAUAAAGGGCUCUCGGGUGUUCGGAUUACUGGCAAGAGUCAUACAAUUUUGUUCCUUUUCAGAAAGAACUGCUUUGCUUCCGAGUUUUGCCGAACCGGUCGUGCGGGGUGUUUUGACAGCAGAGUUCUCUUCUCCUUUGUUCGUCCGUUACACACCAAGCCAUCUAUAGACUCCCCCUUAGAGAAAGCGUGUCAGUGUUUCACAUCAACCCGCAUCAGAGGACCUCACUGUAAAGCAUUAAAGAAUGGCUUUGCAACUACUGCUGGAUGCAGAGCUUUAGCACUGAAAGGCUUCUAGUGUCAGUGUGUUCCUUAUCACUAUGGGAUCCUGAAACUAAAUCCCAUUUGUGCAACAUUCUAAAGACGAGAAUGACAAAACAUUCUGAAGUGAAUUUGGGUCAAAUAUUGGCCACAAGUAGACAUUUAUGUGGUUAAAAAUCAGAAUGGUGUCAGAAAGGAAUGUAUUUACAACAAGCUGUUUAAAGUGGCUGGUUGGGCAAAACCAAGCCUGUGGUAGCAGGAGGAAAUUACAUCCCAGCAGAACCAAGAAAAAACACUGUAGUGAUCUCAGUAUGUUGUGUAUCUCCUCUCGCUCUUUCUCUCUUUCUCUUUCUUUCUCUCUCUCUCUCUUUCUCUCUCUGGGGGUGUCGUGGGUAUGUGUGUGUGCAGGUUCUUAUCGGAAGGAUAUAACAGGAAGAAGUUAUUUUGCCAGUCAGUAUUAACUUGGUUUGUUUUGAUAUAAAUCAACAUCACUUUUGGGUUUUAUAUUUAGAAAGAACAAUGAAAGUAGGAAAGCAAUAACAUGCCUUGAUGUUUCUGCCAUCUAUCAUAUCAGCAGACAAAGGCAAUUAUCCAUAUAAACAGACCUAUGUUUAAGUUUUUCAUGUAUUGAUUUCAUCUACACACUGAUGAAUUUGUCAUGUAAAUUUAAGGCAAGUAUUUUAGGAACAGUGUUGUUUGGCCUCUUUAGGUUGCCAUGGGAAUAGUGACUUGCUUUUCUUUGAGCAGUUUCAUGGAACAGCAGAAUCUGAUGAACUCAGCUGGUAGCAAAUUUAGAAGUUGAAGUUCAUUUACUGGCAAAUCUAGAACUCUGUUCCCCUUUUUUCUUGUUAUAUAUAUAUAUAGGUGUAACUUUACAUACAUUUUCAUUCUUAAAACCAUCUUGAUAGGGGUUUUAAGGCCAAAAGCAGUAAUUAUAUAACUGCAGUGUUGCACGUUCUGAUAAAGCAUAAUUUAAUCUCUUUUGUUUUCAUGCCUCAGCUUUUGAGCCCUAGAGCUAUACUAAAGUGUUGUGGACAGUUAUGGUGGUAAAUUUACAACAGAUUGAUUUAGAACUAUCAUCCAUUAGCUAAUGCUGCAGCAAAUGUUAACUUAUCUCUUUGAAUUGACAUUUUACAGCGUUGAAACUUAAAUAGUCCACCAGUGUUUUGAUGUGAGAAGACACCUGCAUGAACUCACAUUCUUUCUUUUUCUUUCUUUCUUUUUUUAAGUCUUGGACGGCUUUAAAGUAAUUUAUUUUUUUAAAAUAAUGCACUUGUGACACUGGUUGAUUUCACAGUGUUUGAACUGAACUGGAUUUAAAGGUGAAUAAUACCAUUAUUUAUUUUCCCAGCAUACCAUAUCUUUGCUUUAGCCUUUGUUAGUUCACUGUGUGAAUUACUGGUAGACGGUUGCCUAUGUAAGACUGAACUGAACACAAAUGUCCAACUCCCCCAAAGGAUUCAGCACAUUUCUCUGGCUGCUGUGCUGGGAAAUGUAGUGGAACACUGGACCAUUCCCUUGUGUUGUCACUGCUAGUGUAAGAUACAUGUUCUAGAGGUCAGAACUGCAGCUCUGACUGUACGGUAGUUCGUUUUAGUUUUUUUUCCAACUUCAGCCCUGUUCUAGACCCGUUCCAGGGUCUCUGCCUAGCUACCAUUUGUCCUGUGACUGCUUAGGAAGUUCUAUCUUUCUGCUCUGCUGUUGAUCUCAUUGUGAACUGUCGUUACUGGAAAUCUGAAAUGAGUGGAUUCUUCCAACUGUCUGUAAUGGGUAAAUGAUCACUGUUAUGUUCAUAAUAUUGAUGGAACAUUGCAUUAAAGUUGCUCAGUAUGUUCCUAAGCA